GUGGUGAAUACUUAUUCUGCUGGGAAGUAGAAGAAUACUUCUAGAGUAAAAAAUAUGCCUCCCAAGUUCAAGCGCCACCUAAAUGACGACGAUGUCACUGGUUCUGUGAAAAGUGAAAGGAGAAAUCUUUUGGAAGAUGAUUCAGAUGAAGAAGAGGACUUUUUUCUAAGGGGACCAUCUGGACCAAGGUUUGGACCUAGAAAUGAUAAAAUUAAACAUGUUCAGAAUCAGGUGGAUGAAGUUAUUGACGUCAUGCAAGAAAAUAUUACAAAGGUAAUUGAAAGAGGGGAGAGACUAGAUGAACUACAGGACAAAUCAGAAAGCUUAUCGGAUAAUGCAACUGCUUUUAGCAACAGAUCCAAACAGCUUCGGAGGCAAAUGUGGUGGCGUGGAUGCAAAAUAAAAGCCGUGGUGGCUCUGGUCGCUGUUGUCCUUUUGUUGGUGAUUAUCAUUGUUAUAGUUGUGAAAUACCGCACUUGAUUUGAGGACAGAGAUCGUCAUUAAACAGAGUCUGGGACAGUAAUAAAAGGUUGCUGCGUAAUUUAAACAAAACCCAUGUAUAUAACUUUCAAAACUUCUUUUUCAAGAAACUAAGAGGCAAGUAGCACUUCAAAUUGGAGCAUUGAGAAUGUCCAUUAUCUUCUUCCCUUCUAGCAAAAUGUGCUUUUAAUAAUUACGUUUAGGGCAAGACAACCAGCCUCUAUUUCGCCAUAUUCCAAGGAUCUAAUUUGAAACUACGUACUUGCCAGCUCAUUAUUUGUGUCCGUAGUUAAACACUGAUAACGAUAUCUCAUACCGUUAUUUAAUGACAUAAGGACUUGCAUUCUUGCAUUGAGGCAGGAGUCAGAAGCUUAUAGAGAGUACUAGAUCAUUAUGCUAAAAGAGAGGCAUAAUCUUUCCACCACUAUUUGUAAGAUUCUUGUCGUGUUACAGUUGCUUUGCAAGCAAUUUCCACAUGUUUAUGGGUGUAACAAAAACUAAGUGUUGUAAAUGUUGCUGCCUUCAGCUAUAACUAAAAACAUUCCAGUAAACCUAUUUUUGACCAUAUAAGGGAAUGUGUAGUAAUUUUUUGGCAUUCAAAUUAUGGAAAUGAGAAAUUUAAACACUGUGAAAAGCUCAUGGCACCAUAAAACUGGAGAUAAUAAAAUUAUUGGAGCACGUCAUCGGAGUUUUGAAAAUGACCAACAUCUUGCCACAAGUCAGGGUCCAGCUCUUGUCAGUUAGCCUCCUGCGGGAGGGGCCGGUCCUAGGCAUUGAAACCCACGGGUAAAUCAUUCCCUUGUUUCCGCUGGUCGCUUCUUCUUUAACUUCAACUAACCCUUGCACCAGAAGUGCCGAAAGUGCUAAGCAAAACCAUCUGCUUAGAAUUGGCUCGUUUUGCCUUCUCCGACGAUCCCUGGGAGAUGCCUGUGCAACGAUCAAGUGUCAAAUUCGCCAGUAAUGUCUAUGACAAGUCAGGAGCCUAGGUCAUCGUCAUCCAUCAUUAUCUCAGUCCGUUUUCAUAACAGUAAAAGAGGUGUUAGCGUUAAAAUGUGCCAGAUCCAACAUACAGGCCGCCCCAAAAGAGAAAAAGAAAUUUGGAAAAAAUAAAAUAAAAUGUGCCGGCCUUCUUGUGGUAUUUAAGCAAGUCAGAGUGGAACUACAUAGUCCUCGAAUGUGUGAGGGAAGCUUUCAGAACAAAACGCAGAAACUUAUGCACGUGGACACCUUGACGAAUAAAGGUAAUUCUAAAUUCGAAAUAGGGUGAAUAGAAAAUACCAGUUUUUAAAGGGGGUGAGGAGGUGUGGUCCUGUAUAUAUUUUAUUUCUUUGGUCAUUUUAAUUCCAAAUGUAUGAAACAAUCUUUUUUCUUAAUCCUGUGGGAUUAGCACUAAGAGGCAAAACUGUUCUGUUUAGAAUGGAAAGAAAUUUGAAGGGAGGAAGCAGAUUAAGGGAUACUCAAGGCACUUGGCAAAUUAUGAAAAUCUAAUUGCUAACUUGUAUAGUUCACUAAGAACAUUUAAAGAGUGUUGUCUGUUCUCCCCACUCUGUAAAGGUCCAUGUAAAUAACCUCAUAAAUACUAAAUCUUUUGACAAAAUAGGAUGCCUAGGAAAACGAGUGGUUUUAGAAUUUCAGUCGCUAAUACAGUUCAGGACUCGAAGUAGUUUAACUGAUUGUACAGAAUCAGUCCUAACGUAUUUAUGUAUGUCCUUUUUAGGGGGAUUGGUUAAUUUUCUAUUAGUUGAUAUAGAAAUCUGGAUUCUCCAUGAUACCUGUCAGUGAAGAUGAUUUCUCAGAGAGAAUCCAUAUUUCCAGUGUUUCUUUUAAUAAAGAAUGCUACUUUUAAAGAAAUACGAAGUUAUUUUUUAAAAUUUCAACCACGAAUAAAGGAAGCAUUUAUGUGA